GGUAGCAACAUUCGACGAGUUGCAGUUUUACAAGCAAUGGAUAAUAUAAUCUCCAUGAUACAAAACAUGGAACCAUUGCCCAUGGCCCUUCUUUUCAUCGUUCCUUUCUUAUUCCUCCUCGGCCUCGUUUCUCGGCUUCGUCGGAAACCAUUUCCUCCGGGGCCGAGAGGGUUGCCGAUCAUCGGCAACAUGAUGAUGAUGGACCAAUUAACUCACCGUGGACUGGCCAAGCUUGCUCAGAAAUACGGCGGCAUAUUUCAUAUGAAGAUGGGGUAUUUGCAUACGGUUACUAUUUCUAACCCUGAAAUGGCUCGCCAAGUGCUUCAGGUUCAAGAUAACAUAUUCUCCAACAGGCCAGCCUCCAUAGCCAUCAGCUAUUUAACGUACGACCGAGCCGAUAUGGCGUUUGCUCAUUACGGACCAUUUUGGAGACAGAUGCGGAAGGUCUGCGUCAUGAAGGUGUUCAGUAGAAAACGAGCGGAAUCGUGGGAGUCCGUGAGAGACGAAGUCGAUUCCAUCGUUAAAGCCGUGACAGCCAACGAGGGAAAGUCUACAAACAUGGGUGAUUUGAUCUUCAACCUCACAAAGAACAUCACUUACAGAGCGGCUUUCGGUUCGAGUACUCAAGAAGGGCAAGACGAGUUCAUCAAGAUCUUGCAGGAAUUCUCCAGGCUUUUCGGUGCUUUCAAUAUUGCCGAUUUCAUCCCCUGGCUCACUUGGAUCGAUCCUCAGGGACUCAACACCAGGCUGAAGAACGCUCGUCAUGCAUUGGACAAGUUCAUCGACAUCAUCAUCGACGAGCACAUCCAAAAGAGGAAAAGAAACGUCGACGAUGGCGCCGGCGAAGUUGACUCCGACAUGGUUGAUGAUUUGCUUGCAUUUUACAGUGAGGAAGCAAAAGUAAACGAAUCAGACGAUCUACAAAACUCCAUCAAACUCACCAGAGAUAACAUCAAAGCCAUUAUCAUGGAUGUGAUGUUCGGCGGGACGGAGACGGUGGCAUCGGCGAUAGAGUGGGCUUUGGCGGAGCUGAUGAAAAGUCCGGAGGAUAUGAAGAGAGUCCAGCAGGAGUUGGCGGAGGUGGUUGGUCUCGACCGCCUUGUGGAAGAAUCCGAUAUAGAAAAAUUAACCUACCUGAAGUGCACCCUCAAAGAAACCCUCAGGCUCCACCCGCCGAUCCCAUUGCUUCUCCACGAAACAGCGGAGGACGCCGUGGUGGCCGGGUAUCAAAUCCCGGCGAAGUCGCGCGUGAUGAUCAACGCGUGGGCCAUCGGCAGGGAUAAGGAUUCGUGGGAAGACCCCGAGAGUUUCAAGCCAUCGAGGUUCUUGAAAGAAGGUGUAGCAGACUAUAAAGGAAGCAACUUCGAGUUCAUUCCGUUCGGGUCGGGUAGGAGGUCGUGUCCGGGUAUGACACUCGGGUUAUACGCGCUUGAUUUGGCUGUUGCUCAUUUGCUUCACUGUUUCACGUGGGAAUUGCCCGAUGGGUUGAAGCCGAGUGAACUCGACAUGAGUGAUGUGUUUGGACUCACUGCACCUCGUGCAACUCGGCUCUAUGCUGUGCCGAAGAAACGCUUGAUUUGUCCACUCUUUUAACAGAGGAAUAUUGAUGAAGAAGACGAAUAAGAAAUGUGACAAAAGGUGAAUCCGAAAGUGGGAUUUCGGUUUUUUCCCCUCUUAUAUAUAUAUUGUUAUUUUCAAUACAUCGGGAAAAAGGCAAGAUUUCAAGAACACAUAUAUUAAUAAAGAUUGUGAAGAAAAGAAACAUUUCGUUUGAACCCAUGCAUGAAAAAGGCCCACUCGUUCCUCAUAGGUUCAUGUUAUUUUUAGGGUUCGAUUGUGUGAAGCGACUACCUUAUGUUUCCUUUAUUUUUUAAAGUGGAACCUCCAAUUUCUUUUA